CCGUGUAUUGGUUUUCUCACACGCUUCACGGGGAGUCGGAAGCGCUGCUAGAAUUCCUUUGCCCAACAGAGCCGCUCUAGAGUCUAGCAGAUCCUCCUUUUGGUUCCUCCCCCAGCCGGCUGCCUUUCUCCGACACGGCUGUUUCUUUGUGACGUAGGCUUCGUCUUGCCCAGUAGGAUAGAACCACGGCUGCCUGGAGUUUGGGCCGCCUCGGCGGACCUUUUGAGCCAGCUCGUGUUUCCGGGCGGGAAGCUUUUACGGCUGUACCGAACCGGGCGAGGAGCAGAAAAUAAUUAAAAAUCUGCGAUUGAUUUGGAGAACCAGCCGCCGGGCCGAGGGAAAGUGUGUGUCAGUGACACAGCGACGAGGAAGAAGCCGACUCGGCUUUCCAGCAUGCUUUGUUUCGCGUCGAAGAACUGGUGGGGCGAACUUUCGGUUUGGCAAAAGUGACUAAGGAGUGGAGAGAGUUGGCACCUUGAUUCUCCUUUCGCCUCUCUGCAUUUUCUUUGAAGUUCCAGGGCUGAGGUCGCCUCGCUGACUUGGACUCAGCCAUAGGGGCUAGUGAUCAAAGAGCUGGCUGGGCUAGAUCUAGGAGCUGAAUUGACAAGCCUUCCCUUUCUCCAGGUGAUCUGCCUUGGACAGAGCCAGACGCCUCCUGUGGCCUCUCUGUGUUGCCGGGGAACGCCUGCGCUGCUGUAAAGGAGCUGCUGCGGGGAACAGCUCUCUUCACCAUCCCAGGACGGCAGCGGCAGACUUUGUGUGUGAAAUGUCCCCAACUAUCACCUGCAAGGACAGCAGCCGGCAGCGCCGGCCUGGCAGCUACCAGAACUCUCUGGAUGCCAUGAAGACUGACCCUCCACCCUUGGACCUCUAUGAGGAUGGCCAUUCAGAGGUUGUUGGGGGCGAUGAUAGAGAGGCUCUGCUUCAAGUGCCACGUUCAAAAUCUGCUGGGUCUCCCCAAGGUUAUCGAGCAGAGCUGGGCAAUAUCUUGCUGCUCCUCUUCCUCUAUGUGCUGCAGGGUAUUCCUCUGGGGCUUGCAGGCAGCAUCCCACUCAUCUUGCAAAGCAAGAAUGUGAGCUACACAGACCAGGCUUUUUUCAGCUUUGUGUUCUGGCCCUUCAGCCUCAAACUGCUUUGGGCCCCUAUGGUGGAUGCGGUGUAUUUCAAGAGCUUUGGACGCCGCAAGUCUUGGCUUGUGCCCACUCAGUACACCUUAGGCCUUUUUAUGAUGUACCUGUCUGUGCAGGUGGACUCUUUGCUUGGGGAAGAGGAAGGCAAAAGCCCAGAUGUGCUGGCCCUUACUGUGACUUUCUUCUUGUUUGAGUUCCUGGCAGCCACUCAGGAUGUAGCUGUAGAUGGCUGGGCAUUGACUAUGCUGUCCCGGGAGAAUGUGGGAUAUGCUUCCACUUGUAACUCUGUGGGCCAAACAGCUGGCUACUUCCUAGGAAAUGUCUUGUUCCUGGCUCUUGAAUCGGCUUCCUUUUGUAACAAGUAUUUACGCUUCCAGCCUCAGCCCAAGGGAAUUGUCACACUUUCAGAUUUCCUGUUUUUCUGGGGUACUGUCUUCUUAAUAACUACCACCUUGGUUGCUCUCUUGAAAAAAGAAAAUAAGGAAGUGAUUCCAGCAAAAGAAGAAACAAAGGGCAUCAUGGAUACAUAUAAGCUGCUUUUCUCAAUAAUCAAAAUGCCAGCCGUCCUAACGUUCUGUGCCCUGAUUUUAACGGCAAAAAUUGGCUUCUCAGCAGCAGAUGCAGUGACGGGACUCAAACUGGUAGAAGAAGGAGUACCUAAAGAACACUUAGCUCUGCUUGCUGUUCCCAUGGUUCCACUGCAGAUCAUAUUGCCUCUGAUUAUCAGCAAAUACACAGCAGGUCCACAGCCUCUAAACACAUUUUACAAAGCCAUGCCGUUUAGGUUACUAUUUGGGUUGGAAUUUGCUUUCUUGGUUUGGUGGACUCCAAAAGUAAAAUAUGAUGGAGGAUUUCCUAUCUAUUUCUAUAUUAUUUUGUUGCUGAGUUAUGCUUUGCAUCAGGUCACACUUUACAGCAUGUAUGUUGCUAUAAUGGCUUUCAAUGCCAAAGUUAGCGAUCCACUCAUUGGAGGAACCUACAUGACUCUCCUUAACACAGUGUCAAAUCUGGGAGGAAACUGGCCUGCUACGGUAGCUCUUUGGCUUGUGGAUCCGCUCACGGUGAAGGAAUGUGUAGGAGUUCAUGGACACAACUGUGGAACUCCAGCUGCUACAGAACUGUGUACAAAAGCAGGUGGCUCUUGCGUCAUUACCCUUGAUGGUUAUUACGUGGAGUCCAUUGUAUGUGUUGCUUUGGGAUUUGCUUGGUGGCUCUUCCUUGGACCAAAACUCAAAAAGCUGCAGGACGAGAGAUCAUCUUCAUGGAAAUGCAGGAGAACCAGUUAAUGGAACUUAAAGACCUGGGACAUUUGGGAAGUUAUUACAGCUUAGUCCUGGGACAAACCUGUGUCUCAUAAUAAGUAUAUAAGAAUACAAAACACUUAGAAAAAUUGUCAGUUUACACAUGCCAAAUUACUGAACAAAAAUGUAAAGCCAGGAAAGUAGUAUAUGAAUCUCACGUUUGCCCUUUUGAUGCACCAUUCUUGGAGAAAAAUUACACUUGAAAAACAGCAUUUCUAGACUACACUGCUGUUCUGCUCACUUGCAGCAGCUGUCUGCCUUCUGAUUUGAGUUAUUUUAAUGUUUCUAAACAAGGAUCUGUGGAUAUGAUACUCUGUCAGCUUAAAAUAAUUUUGAUUCAAUAUAAACACUAGAUGUGUUUUCUAAGAGACCUAUAGAGGGGAUAAAGGGUACAAGACAAAAUUUCCCCUUCCAAUUACUGUAUUGCUGAGCAUAACUACGCUUGAGGGGAGAAAACAAUAACUAUAAAAGUUUCUCACAAAUGUAUUUUCCUGGCUUCUAUAAGCUUUAAAGGUUGAUAAGAGGAAUAUUUUUAUAAUGGUGAAUAUUAGUUUUUUAAACAUGUACACACAUUAUUUCAAGACACUUUAAUUUGCAAAUAGGAAUGGUUUCUUCAUUGCAAAAUUAGUAUGAGGGAAUGGCUCACUGGACAUCUUGAUAAUCACAGCCAGUAAUGCAUGGGUUACAUUAACCAGUACUGAAGAGAGGGUUUCUUAAAAGGUUAGGCACUAGUGUGGGAACAGUGAAUUCAGUUUGUGGACAAAUAAGUAGAUUGUGGCUUCGCCAAGAACGGAACAUCUCUAUUUUUGCUUUUUAAUGUGUAGAGCCCAAAGAGGACCAAAUAAAAGAAACUUGGUGCCUAUCAAAAAGAGGUUGUGCAAGAUAGUGACUGAAUACUGUAUUAAAACAUGAACAUACAGACACAGUCAUACCGUUAUAAUUGAAGAAAGAAUAGAAUAUUCAUCCAGUUGUAAUAGAAGAUGGUUGUUCAAUCAUUCCUGGCUGAUGCCACAGAUCUAUAGCAGGCAAAGUAAUUUGUUGCAAUGAAAAUUAAGAGGAAUCUCCUCUUUAGUGCCUUAAUGAUACACAACCUGUUGUAUGUCACAUAAAAAGGAGGCACUGUGUAGUAUGUUUGAUGUAUUUUAUACAUCUUUUGUGAUUAUUAAAAUACCUUUAAAAGGUAUGGCAGGUUAGUGUCAGACUUCUGAUGCUGAAAUGCUGAAAUAAUAAUAUCAAAGGUAUUUUCUGACUCUGUUCGACUGGUUAUUUCAAGAGAUUACUUCUUUCUGAAAUGGCUUUCUUGAUUGCAAGUGAAUCUCUAUCACUUAUGGUAUACCAUUUUCUUCUAGAGCUCUCGUCAGAGUAGAACAGGAAGAUAAUGCAUAGAUCUUGAGCACACUUCCCUGAAAGUGAGUUCAUUUGAAAUUGGUGGGACUUCUUUCCAAGGAAAUGGGAAUAGGAUCAGAGUAUCGGAAGGCAUUUUAAUUAUAUCAACAGUAAAUACCAAUUAAUAGUACUCUUACUUUGAUGAAUGCUCCUUCCCACCUGACACAUUCAUGUCCUGCCUGGAAAACAAAAUGACCUUCCGUUAAACAACUUGUAACCUAACUUAGCAGGAAGUUGAGUACUAGCAUCUGGAUUUAGGUCCAUGGAUUCAAUCGGAAAGUGUAUGACUGUUUAAUAGGCUUCUGAUCAUAAUAAUAGGCUACAAUCUAAAGAUUAUAUUUUAUUUAAAGCAUUUCCAAAGUUAUCUUAAACUGAUUUGGAUGCUCUGGCAGUGCUCUAAAUAAGUAGAAUUUUAAGAUUGUAGCCCAUUAUUGUGUUCAGAAACCCAUUAAGUAGCAGUACUCCUACUGAAUCCAUAUAUUGAUGUCUUAUUUGCUCGUGACAAGUUGUUUAAUUGGGGGUCACUUCUUGGAUGUUCUUCAAGUAACUGGUUUCAGGUUCCUGGUAUGUUGUGUUGGCUGAGCCCUACUGUCUUCAUUUGGACUUGGUUGAUAGAAUAUAGGGUUGCCAGUUGACUAGUUGCAGCUUCUGCAUCUUUAAUGCAGCUUGAUGUGCAGACAUUAGCAAGUGGCAAUUCUGGUCUCCCUCUACAAAAAGCUUCAGUUGCUGAUUUCUGCAGAUCAAGCUGAUGUUAAAGGCUUCCAAGUUAGAUGGAUCAGCUGGAAUUUCUCAUGGAGUUUUGAGCCUGAGUAUACUUCAGAUUAACAAUAGCACAUUAUCUACUUUGUGACAUAGUUCUGUUUGUAUAAUCAGAUCUAUUUACUUGAAUGAAAAAUCCAUAGUGCUUUCACUAAACACUUUUUUUCGUUAAUUGUUUACAAUAACCUGAUUUUGUUUGCCUUAAAUUCAGUCUGCUUUCAUUGACUGAAUAAGCACAAAUAAAAUAAUCUUGGUUUUAUAUUAUAUGCAUAUAAUAGUUCGUUAGAAGAUAUCUAGUGGCAUGAAUGUAUAUUUUAUUCUGGAUCCAUUUUGUUUUUAACAUUAAAGAAAAGCCCAUUGCAUAUUUUUUUAAAGGUUACUGUCUUUAGUGAGGGGCUACUUCUGGAAAAAGGUAUGAGAGUUCUAGGAGACACACACUAAAUAUCUAGAUCACCUUUUUAUAUUUUGCAAUUCCGUAUUACUGUUUAUACCCUGUGCCAAGAUAAAGUCUAUGCAUUUAAAUUAGUUUGAGCUGGAGUAAGUUAUGUGAAUGGCUAAACUAAAAUCCAGAAUCAAUAGCAAAGCAAAAAAUAAAGCAUUCAUAAGUGGUGCUUAGUCAUGACUAACUUAGUCUGGAUCCUACCCAGUGACUGUGAUGCGUGAACCAUUCAGCUAGUUCAGCCUUAGACUUUGGGCUUGCGUUUCUCAAACACCAACUCCAUGCCCGCAUACUAUAUAUAAAAAUCACAGUUGAAACUUUCAAAACAGCUUGUCUACUGUUGAAGGAGAAAAAGGUAAGGAGUCCCACUGGGCUGGGGGGAGAUUAGGUCUUUGACGCCUGACUUAACAGCAGCUCUCUCCUUGGUGGAUUUAUUUAGUUCUUUUUCAUAGACUGGAAGAUGUCUUAAAUCUGGGCAUGCGCAUACACAAAUCUGAGAGAGAGAAUUAAGUGACCAUUCUUCUACAUUAUAAGGUGUUUAGUAGCUCAGCAUUGUCUCUUCACUAAUAUUUUAAAACUUCAUUUUCUAGUCUUGGACACUGGUUGACAUACUGACAAAUUUUACUUUAGACAUGAAGUUAGGCAUGUCCGUUUUAUUUCAGAGAGACAUAAAUUUUGUCAGGAUGUCAGCCAUUGAUCAUUGAUGUGACCAACAAAUUCCUACGGAUUAAAACCAUAUAACAGAAAACAACCCUAUAUGUAAUACAUUUAAAACAUUAUCUAGUUACUACAAAUGUCGCUAUUCUUUAGUACUUGUUUUGUCUGUUUCAGAAUGCAGACUGAAGCUGAGGUGUGAGUGUGUGUGUGAGAGAAAAUAUAAGGGAAGAUGGUAGUAUAGCUCCAUAUUGAAUAUAGUGACUGUUUCUCCCUAUGUACCAGUAGAAUAUGAAUAGACUAAUUUUCCACAAAGUACAGAGGAAAAUACUCAGUUCUUAUGCAGAAUCUUCACAUCAGCAUUUCAUACAUCAGAAUCCACCAUUUUGUACUAUCUAUAAUUUCCACCCAGUGUACAGAGUUGAGAAAACUGCAACAAACAAAGUAGUUCAUGAACUAAAGCCUCAGCCGCCUUGCUUUUAAAAUAUUGCCUGAACUGAUAUUAAAUGAAGACAAAACCUAGGUUAUUGAAAGUAUCUGCAUUGUGUGGGAAAGCAAACAAAUUAUGCCAAUUGAUAUAACUUUCAUUACACAGGACAAAUGUACAUCAGUGGGAGAAAGUUCUAAUUAAAGUCUGAUUUAGACUUUCACUGAAAUUUGAUUAUAGAGGUUGUUCCCAUCAUUGGAAUAAAUGAUAACAAGUAGUAAUAGCCUCGGUACAUAUUUGCUUCCCAUUUGGGGGGAUAACGUGAGAUUCCUGAUAGCAGUUUUGAGCAUUCAAGUAAUCGAGUACACUCAUAUUAUGAAAAGUGGAACACACACACCGUUCACAAGACAGGUGAGAUAGUCAUCUUAUCACAAAGAGAGAGGCAGUAUGGUGAGUACUGCAUAAGAACUGCUGUAUAAGAACUUGUUACUCAAUGGCUUGUAUCCUGCAAAUACUAUCCUUAUUAAGUUUCCCAAGCUUUGCUAUUGUUUCUGGGUUACAUAGGAAGCUGCCUUAUACCGAAUCAAACCAUUGGUCCAUCUAGCUCAGUAUUGUCUACACACAGACUGGCAGCGACUUCUCCAAGGUAGCAGGCAGUAGUCUCUCUCAGCCCUAUCUUGGAGAUGCCAGGGAGGGAACUUGGAACCUUCUGCAUGUAAGCAUGCAGCUGCUCUUCCUAGAGCAGCCCCAUCCCCUGAGGUGAAUAUCUUAUUGUGCUCACAUAUGUAGUCUCCCAUUCAAAUGCAAACCAUGGGGGACACUUUUUAACAAAGGGGGCAAUUCAGGCUUGUUACUACAAGAAUUGUCCCCUUUGCUAAGCAGUGUCCAUCCUGGUUUACAUGUGAAUGGGAGAUUACAUGUGAGCACUGUAAGGAAUUCCCCUUAGAGGAUGGGGCUGCUCUGGGAAGAGCAUCUGCAUGCCUGCAUGCAGAAGGUUCCAAGUUCCCUCCCUGGCAUCUCCAAGAUAGGGCUGAGGGAGACUCCUGCCUGUAAGCUUGGAGAAACAGCUGCCAGUCUGUGCAUACAAUACUGAGCUAGAUGGACCAAUGGUUUGACUCUGUAUAAGGCAGCUUCCUAUGAGCGUGCCAUUAACUAUACAUUUGUGAUUUUAAGAAUAUUAUUUGCUUUUACCUGAAUUCUAGCUCCAUGUGAAUCUUCAAAAGUUCAUCAGACAUAGCCAGAGUGGUAUUGUAUAAUAUAUAAUAAUUGCCUUCCUUUUGAACAAGCCUAAAACAAGUUACUCAAGGCAAUCUAAGUUAUAUACAAUCAAAUCCAUUUUUUAUAACACUUGUGUGCUCACUUCUUGAAGAAAGACCAAAUGGACUUCUUAAAAGGUGGUUUAGGAACUCAAAAUUAUUUCAUACUUUGACUGUAUAUACUCUGACUGUAUAUAAAGGGGGAAAAGAGGUAUAAUGUAUAUAUUGGAAUAAGUUUGGUUUUUAUCUAUAUAAUAUGCUGUAAAUUAGGGCAUUGCUAUUUUAAAAUACAAAUAGUUCAAUUUACUUUGAUACUUUGAAGUGGUUGUUAAUCAUAUUGAAGAACAGAAUGAAAUUAUUGGCCCUUUGGUAAUUAAAAAUGGCCAAAUGCAAUAUUACUGUUAAAAUAAGGAAAUGAACCAGAAGUGUUUGAGGUUUUCUUUCUCUUCACUUUAAAGCUUUUAAAAUAUUUAAGUCUUGUUACUUGCAAAGCAUUAGUCCACACUAUGAUUUCCUUGUUAUUGUUAAAGUGCUGGGUUUAUGGAAACAUCUCAUUAGAAAAUCCUGGAAGCUCUCUAUUUUGUUUCAAUAAAAACAUUGUUCUAA